AAGCUGCGAAUCAGAACUCUGAAGGCUCUCUGAAAGAAGGAAGCGUUUUGGGUGAGCUCCAGGGGAGAGAUGCUCAGAGAGCCUCGUUUUCAGUGCAAGUCGCUGAGGAAGGUCUAAUUCGAGGGUAACCGAACUAUCUGGGUGGCCGGUGUACUGAGUGGAAGAAACUGCAUCUUCUGGACCAGCUCAGAACAAUGGAGACUGCGCUCGCAAAAACGCCACACAAAAGGCAAGUUGUCUUUCUUGUCGUACUGUUGCUGUUGUGGGAGGCUGGCGCUGAUGUACUUAGAUAUUCCAUUCCAGAAGAAACAGAAAGUGGCCAUUUUGUGGCCAACCUGGCUGAGGACCUGGGGCUAGGGGUGGGAGAACUGGCGGCUCGGGGCGCGCGAAUCCAUUACAAAGGAAACAAAAAGCUCUUGCAGCUUGCUAGAGAGACUGGCGAUUUGCUUCUCCGCGAAAAACUGGACCGGGAGGUGCUGUGUGGGGCGACAGAGCCCUGCAUUUUGCGUUUCCAACUGUUACUGGAGAACCCAGUGCAGUUUUUGCAAGCUGAGCUGCAGCUCACAGAUGUAAAUGACCAUUCCCCCGAGUUCCUGGAGAGGGAGAUCCUGCUGAAAAUCCCCGAAAGCGCCCAGCCGGGCUCCGUGUUUCCUUUGAAAACAGCCCAGGACCUGGACACGGGUAGCAACACUGUUCAGAACUACACCAUCAGUCCCAACUCCACAUUUCAUGUCGUCACUCAUAAUCGCGGGGACGGCAGAAAGCACCCAGAGCUGGUGCUGGACAAGGCACUGGACCGAGAGGAGCAGCCCGAGGUCGUGUUAGUCCUCACGGCGCUGGACGGCGGGGUUCCGCCCAGGUCGGGGACCGCCACAGUGCGCAUCGAAGUCGUGGACAUCAACGAUAACGCCCCCGAGUUUUUACAGCCGCUGUACGCGGUGCAGGUUCCAGAGGACAGCCCCGUGAGCUCCUCGGUGGUCGCGGUCUCUGCCCGGGAUUCGGACGCAGGAGCGUACGGUAGAGUAGCCUACGCUCUGUUCCAAGGCGAUGAGGGUGCCCAGCCCUUUGUAAUAGACGAGGUCACGGGAGAAAUUCGUCUGAAGGGGGUGUUGGAUUUCGAGACCACUAGAGGUUACAGCGUGGAAAUUAUUGCCACAGACGGAGGAGGUCUAUCAGGAAAAUGCACCGUGGCUGUAGAGGUGCUGGACGUGAAUGACAACGCGCCUGAACUGACCAUGGCCACGCUGACCAGCGCCAUCCCAGAAAACUCGCCUGAGACCGUGGUUGCCGUUUUCAGUGUUUCUGAUCCGGACUCCGGAGACAACGGGAAGAUGGUUUGCUCCAUCCAGAACGACCUUCCCUUCCUUUUAAAGCCCACAUUCGAGAACUUCUACACCCUGGUAACGGAUGGAGCGCUGGACAGGGAGGCCAGGGCCGAGUACAACAUCACCAUCACCGUGUCCGACCUGGGCACGCCCAGGCUGACGACCCGGCACCACGUCGCGGUGCAGGUGUCCGACGUGAACGACAACGCCCCGGUCUUCAGCCAGGCCGCCUACACCCUGCUGGUGCGCGAGAACAACAGCCCCGGGCUGCUCAUCGGCUCCGUGAGCGCCAGCGACAGGGACGCGGGCGCCAACGCGCAGCUCACCUACUCGCUGCUGCCGCCGCCGCCCCAGCCCCAGCCGCAGCCUCAGCCGCCCCAGCCGCAGCCGCAGCCCGACGUGGCGGCGCUCGUGUCGGUGCACGCGGACAGCGGGCAGCUGUACGCGCUGCGCGCGCUCGACUACGAGGCCCUGCGCGCCUUCGAGUUCGGCGUGCGCGCCGCCGACCGCGGCUCCCCGGCGCUGAGCAGCGAGGCGCGCGUGCGCGUGCAGCUGCUGGACGCCAACGACCACGCGCCGGCCGUGCUGUACCCGCCGGCCAACGGCUCGGCCGCCUGCCCCGAGCUGGUGCCGCGCGCGGCCGACGCGGGCUACCUGGUGAGCAAGGUGGUGGCGGUGGACGGCGACGCGGGCCAGAACGCCUGGCUGUCGUUCGAGCUGCUCAAGGCCACGGAGCCCGGGCUGUUCGGCGUGUGGGCGCACAGCGGCGAGGUGCGCACGGCGCGGCCGCUGAGCGAGCGCGACGCGGCCCGGCAGCGGCUGCUGGUGCUGGUGCGGGACCACGGCGAGCCGCCGCUGUCGGCCAGCGUCACGCUGCACGUGCUGCUGGUGGACGGCUUCUCGCAGCCCUACGUGGCGCUGCCCGACGCGGCGGCGGCGGCCGAGCCGGCGCGGCCCGACUCGCUCACGGUGCAGCUGGUGGUGGCGCUGGCGGCGGUGUCGUCGCUCCUGGUGCUGAGUGUGCUGGCGCUGGUGGCGGCGCGGCUGUGCGGCGGGGGCGGGGUGGGUGGCGGGGCGGGGUGUGCGCUUGGCGUUGGCGGCGGCGUUGGCGGCGGCGCGGGUGCCGAGGGCCGCUUCCCGGGGCCGCUGCUGGACGUGAGCGGCGGCGGGACGCUGUCGCACAGCUACCAGUACGAGGUGCGCCUGACGGGCGACGCUGGGACCGGGGAGUUCAAGUUCAUGAAACCGAUUUAUCCCAAUCUCUCUCCCCAGAUCGUUGGAGAACAAAUAGGAGAAAACUCUGCCUCCCGGAAUAGCUUUUUAUUCUCUUAGAGAACUGAUUAUGAAGCAAGUUUUCUGCCUUUUAUCCCUACCUUACCCAGCCAUAGGAGUUGAGAAUAUCACUGAAAAAAAAAAUCCACUUUCAAGUGUAGCUUUGUUUUCCCCUCUGUAAUGGAUCUGUCUAUCUUCUCCAAUUUUGGAAAAUUCCUUUCUACUUCCUUGCAUAUAUUUACAUAUUGGCGUUCCACACCCUGCAUGCUGUAGAUUUCCUGAGAUGUUCCCUCUUCCUUGGUCUUUAAUCUGAUGAACUGUCUUAAUAAAGUCAAACAUUAAUUAUAUUUUCU